AUGCGUCCAAAGGUCUCAAUUGCUCAAUUGGCUCGCCAUGGAGGGCUUUCGCUGGCCGAAUUGCCUCCUCCCUUCCUCGCUCCCGCUCUCUAUUCCCCCUUCAUAACCCUCUCGCAGUCCUCCAAAUUCUCAACCUCCCCAUCCUUCCAAGACCGAAGCAAAUUCCGUGGAGUCUCUGCUAUCCAUCGAAGCGGUCUCAGACAUCGGUUGGCUGCCUCAAAGUACCCGCUGCCAACGCCAGAAGACCCGGUGAGGCACGAGGCGCGUGAGGUCAACCCAAACCACGGCCUCUGGGGAUUCUUCCUCCCAAACAAGGAGAACUUUCCUACUCCAGAGCAGGAACACGCACACGGCCGCUCUUGGACUGUCCAGGAACUACGCCAGAAAUCAUGGGACGACCUGCAUUGUCUCUGGUGGGUGUGUGUGAAGGAACGUAACCGAAUUGCAACAUCCAAUUUAGAACGGGACCGACUACAAGCUGGAUACGGCGAGUACGAGGCCGAAGACCGGGACAAGACGAUCGUGGCCACACAGAACAACAUCAAGCAUGUUUUACGAGAGCGGUGGAACUCCUGGUCAGAUGCCCGUGAGCUGUACAACGACGGUUAUCGACCGGAGCAGGAUGCACUCCUAGAAACCGCCGAGCUACAGGAGGACGCGAUGCCCGAAGAGGUGCCGGUCGAGGACCUGAACGCUGAUGGAGCAAAGGCUAGAAGUCAACCCACUGCAUCUGCAUGA